GCAAUGUCUCGGGACUCUACUAAGUACCAAUUUCCCGAUAAGUUUGACCCCGAACGCUUCUUGGAUUCGGAUGGAAACGUGACAGACAACAUGCCCAACUAUGCGUUCGGCUUUGGAAGACGCAUUUGUCCAGGCCGGCACCUAGCGAGGGGAUCCGUGUGGAUGGCAAUGGCUCAAACGCUUGCGAAUUUCUCCAUUAAAAAAGCGAAGGAUGCUUCGGGGAAUAUUAUUGAACCAAAUCCCGAGUGGACACAUGGCGUAAUAUCGUAA